AUGAGGCUCGCCCUUUGCCUGGCGCUGGUCCUGUGCGGCCUUGCGUUAUUCGCGGUGGGCACGGUGAAGGGCAACGUCGAUGAAGAGCCGAUGUGGUUCGAGGAAGACUUCGUCAUGGAAGGCCUGAUCGCUACGCGCGAGCUGGUCGAAGAUGGGAUCCUCCCCGAGGGCGGAGUGGGCAAGCUCAAGCGCCUCAACCCCAACAAGCGCUUCGCCUACGCUCCCCCCGCCUCGGUUCACUGCCCCGGAAUCGAACAGCACGAAGUCAACACCUGCUUCACCUACUUCAAAGAUGACGACCAGAAGUGGUAUAUGCAGAACUGCUGCGCGUGCGACGUGGAUACAAAGUUCAACAUCAAUAACCCGGCGAACGGCCCCCACGACCAGCCCUCGCGGUGGAUCUUCUUCAACCAGGGCGCUAUCUCGCCCGGACAGAAGUGGAAGCUCUUCUUCAUGGACGACAACCCAACGCUGGAGCCCGCUCUCUACUCGGCCGAGCUCGCUGACUGCUGA